AUGACCACCACACCUCCGAAACCCGUCGAUCUUUCCCUACCUCGCAUCCUCUGCCUUCACGGCGGUGGUGUCACGGCCGAAAUCUUCCAACUCCAAGCCCGCAGCCUUAUCAAAGCCCUACCCACAUUUCGCCUCGUCUUCGCAGAUGGGCCCUUUUACUGCGCUCCCGGCCCGGGUAUCGCUCCUGUAUACGAAGACUAUGGUCCUUUCCGCCGCUGGCUGCGCUGGCUACCCGAACACGCCGACGUCGACGACGAGACGGCAAUCGAAGAAGUCAUGUAUGCGAUUGAAACCUGUAAGAGCAGCGAUCCCGGUACAGGGCCUUGGGUGGGCUUGAUGGGCUUCAGCCAGGGCGCCAAACUUGCGGCGAGCUUGCUGUAUGAUCAACAGGUGCGCGUUGAAAAGAUGGGGUACGCAGACACAGACUACAAAUUCGCCGUUCUAUUAGCUGGAAGGCAGCCGUUGAUGCAGCUGUCCGAGUACUCGGUUGGGCCGGCUACAUUGGGUGCUGGCGAGAUCAGCGAGGGCUUCAACUACGAGGGACCCAACGAGCAUAUCCUCAGACUACCGACGAUCCAUGUACAUGGGUUGAAUGAUGCUGGUUUGCAUCUGCACAGAGAUCUGAUGAGGAAGUACUGUCAUUCUGAUAGUGUGACGCUUGUUGAGUGGGACGGCACACACCGCGUGCCGCUGAAGAAGACGGACGUCGACAAGAUAUGCACCGAGAUCUACAGGAUCGCAAAAGAGCAGGGCGUAAGAUGUUAG